AAUGAAUUAAGGAGAUAAACCAAUGUUGUAGAAGUAACAAUAAGAAAUCAUGGAAAUAUUCAAUGAAUUCAAAUCUCCAGAAACUAAUUUAUUGAAUGUUAGUGAGUUCUUGGAAAUUCUACAAACAACUGGACUUGAUAGGAAUUGUGAAUUGUUAGUAAAAAAAUUAGAAAAUCUCAGAGGGAAUUAGCUAGACUUAAAUCAAUUUACAGAAUAAUUUAAUUUCAACUACAAUCUAUUUGAAAAUUUCGAAAUGAUUUUUUAAAUCAUGGACACAACUAAUUCUGGAAAGAUAAGUAAAGAUGAAUUAAAAAAAUAAAGUGAAUUUUGGGGUAUAUUAAAUAUAUAAUUAUAAGGAUUAUAAUUAUCUGAAAGAGAUAUAGAAAUUAUGAUAAAUUAUAGUGGAAGUGAUGAAUAAGAUUCAGUAUCUAAAGAGAAAUUAUGGAGUUUGUUGUAACAAUAUUAAAACAAUAAAAUGCUAUAAUGA